AUGGAGCCCAGCAGCCUCAUGCGGGAAACCGUGGAUGGCGAUCUAGCCAGCACGGUGGACGACACGCUCACCUUUGAUGAAUGGCGCGACUUUGUUCGAGGCCAUGACUACGACGUCACUCACGUGCCGCCAUCUGGGGAUCAUUUGCGCGCCAAUUAUGCGUCCGACGACUGCGGCGCCCAGAUGGUAGCUGCGAGUCCGGACAUCAAGAAGGCUUCGGCGGUGCUGAGCUCAAACCGCGACUCAUACCUGAUGGUGCCGUGCAAGGCGGACACGUGGUUUAUCGUGGAGCUGUGCGACCACGUGCUGCUGCAGCAGAUCACCAUUGCCAACUUUGAGCUCUUCUCCUCCAUUGCCAAGACGGUUGAAGUUAGCGCGUCCGAGCACUACCCAACAGAGGAGUGGGAGCACAUCGGCACCCUCCACCUCAAGGAUGUGCGGUCGAUACAAAAGUUCCAGGUGGAGAGCCAGCAGUUUGCCAAGUUUGUUCGCUUCCACGUCACAGAGCACUACGGCUCGGAGUUUUAUUGUCCCCUCAGCGUGGUGACGUGCCGCGGUGUGACCAUGAUUCAGGAGUUCAACUUCUUGCGGGCGCAGGGCGAGCCAAAUGGCUUGGAUGAGAACAAUGCAGAUGGCGCCAGUAGCCAGCAAACCAAUGCAGCCCACACAUCCUCGCUGGCCCGCACGGUGAUGCAAGGGGCGCGACUGGUUGGGCAGCUGCUGUGGGCGUCAGACGAUGACCGCAUGCGCGGGUCGUCACCGCCGGCGAUGGUGGUGGAGGUGGACUCGGCUUAUGAUGACGACGAGGAAGAGGAGGAGGAGAAGGGUGAAGUACAGCAGCCACAACAACAGCCACAACAACAGCAACACCACCAGCAACACCACCAGCAACACCACCAGCAACACCAACAGGAGGAGGAAGCGCACAAUGCAGGUGGCGCCUCGAGCACUGCCAGCGACAGCAGGAGCAUGGAGGAUGUGGGCGCAAGCACACCCAUGAACACUGACAUGCCCGCAGAUGUGAAGCCCACUUCCGACACCCACAUCGACACCCACAGCGCCGUGGAUGGUCGUGACGGGAAUGCAAGCGAACGGCAACAGGAGCAGCAGCGCCAGCAGCAAGGGCAACAACACGACCAACCCGACCACAUGCGCGCUGCUCGAGAGCAAGAGGAGACCGCUGGGCGUGGUGAUGGCGCUGACGGUCGAGGAAUGCAUGUGGAUGGUACCGAUCAUACGCAAGGCAGCAGCACCCAGGAAGAGGGUUGUUUGCCUACGUCUGCGCUGAAUGACACGAAACCGUCAUCACUGGAGGCUGCAUCGCACGAAGCCACGCAAGCAGAGAACGAGAGCACAGCAACACCACCGUCAUCAUCAUCAUCAUCAUCAUCAUCAACAUCAGCUGGUGCAACUGACGAUGCACGAGACCCACAGCAGCAGCAGCAGCAGCAGCAGCGACGUGGGGUGGGAUUUAUUGUGUCUGUUGAUGGUGAGAAUGAGGACGAUGAAGGUGACAUGCACAAACACGGCAAUCAUGCUGCUGCUGAUGAUGAUGAUGAUGAUGGCGCGACAGGUGCUGGCGACAGUGCGGAGAAACACAACCAAGCAGUCCCAACCACCACUCCUGAUCAUGAGGAUGGCACAACAUCAGCACCAAAUCAAUCGCCGUCGCCGUCACCGGCACCACCGCCCAACACAGCUGGAGACACGCGGGACGCGCGAGACUCGUCGCUGAUACGGGGCGGCGCUGAGACGCGGGCUGGCAGUGAUGGUGGUGGUGGUGAUGGUGAGGGAGGCAACGCGGAGCAGGUAGCACCGUCAAGUGGGCGUGUUGCUGAUGCUGCAGACGGCGGUCACAGCAGUGCAGGUGAGGGUGAUCAUGUGCCACCUCCUUCAACGCACGCCGCUGAUACCGUUCCUGCUGCUGGCCAGGGUGAGGAUGAUGAAGAUACGGUUGAUGCCAACCCAGAUGACGAGUUUGCGAUCCGCGCCCGUGAUGUUGUUGCAGCAUCUGCACGCAUUGCCGACGACAGCACUGACGGCGGUCGUGGAAGCGCUGCCGUGGCCGCGGGCACGAAGGCUCAGGCGGGCGGCGACAGCAACGGUGGGCCUGAUAGCGCCGAAAAUGCGGGCACGCCUGCGCGGUCGCCAGCGCCACGGUCCUCAUCCUCUUCUUCCUCCACAGUGUCAUCGAAAGACGAAGCGCCGGCGCAGCGCUCUCGGGAACCCGCAGAGCUGGACGGCCGCGACGAAGACGCUGUUGAUGAUGCUCUUGCCGCAGCACCGCACAGCCAGGACACCACCACGGACCCCGCCUCGGGCGAUGCUGCCGCUAUUGAGGGUGAUGGUGAUGGUGGUGGUGGUGGUGAUCAUAGUGGCGCUGGUGAAGGUCGUGCCUCCGGUGGCCUCUCUAAGGUCGCUGCCCGCCUUGUGUCUCUUUCCCAGGGCAAACCGCACGCAUCAGCACAGGCGGAAGGAGGAGAUGAAAACACGCCGCAGCACGAGCAGCACCAGCAGCACAAGGAGGGAGCGGGUGCACCGUCAUCGCCCAAGGCGCCGUCACCUGAGCAGGAGCACGUUGGGUCGAACUCGGUUGAGGCAACAGCAGAUGCAUCACCCAGCACAGCGAGCUCACGGCCAUCGCCACCAGUACAAUCGUCGUCAUUGUCAGAUGCAUCCGGGUCGGUGGUGCGCGGUGACACACCCACACGAGCUGUGCCUGACACGUCGACCCCCAGCGAAGAGGAUGCCAGCAGUCCUGAUGCGGACACCAACCCCGACGGCAUUCACCCCCACCGCGAACAGCAACAGCAGCCGCCUCAGGUCAGCGCGCCCGUCAGUGCAGAUGGAGAUGACGCGGUUGGCGCUCUUUCGAGCAGUCGUCAACAGCCGUCGGAUGCAGUGGCCCAAGACACUGCUGGCCGUGCAUCGUCGGGUGACGCAGCUGCACCGCACGCCAGCAGGCCGCCGCAGCACACGCGGUCAUCCCCACAACGGACGGCCACGGCCACGGCAGCGCUCACCUCAUCAUCUUCGCCAUUGCGGCCAACCCGGACGCUGCCGUGUAACGCGUGCGCAGCGGUGCGGUGGGGCUGCCUGCCCAAGGCGGGGCGUGCUGGGCGCCCGCAACACACAACAACAACAACCGCCACUCCCACAACAACUACCACUGAUGCUGCUGCCCAUGAUGGUGCAUCUGAUGGUGAGCAGAGGAACGGCAGCGGUGACACAAGGGCCAGCGCGAGCACCAACGAUGAUGAAAGUAGCAGCGACGGCACGCACGAGAGUGCAGGUCGCUCUGCUGCGUCUCCAUCGCCGCAAGGACGGACAGGCGCACGAGGGUCGGAGCAGCUGUGGUGGUGGUGGUGGCAGUGUCCACAACUCAACAUGACCAACACGGUCAACAUGAUCAGCGUGGGGAUGGCGCGGUCUUCCGCGCAAUGCCGCACCGACAGGUGCACGAUGGCUGGUGGCCUGCCAACGGUACCCGUGCAGCUCCACCGCCGCCACAAGGCACCCGACGCAGCAACAACGACGACCAGCACAACCACCAACAAUGGCACCAGCAACAGCAGCAGGGAUGAUCAGCGGUCUGGCCGCAGCAGCAGGUCAUCAGACGAACAGCCCGUUGCCGUGGGCGGCAGUGUCCAUGCGAGCGCAGCCACCAGCGCCGACAACGCCACUGCACAUGCCAACGCCACGCACACGACUGACCAGACCCACAGGAACGCAACAAGUCCAGCUCCCAAUGUGCACAAGACAGCCAACACGGCCGACACGACAACGACGGCAGCACCAACACCGGCAAGUGGCGGUGGUGCCGGCGCGCCCACUGCUGGUGUUGGUUCAUUCACCUCCCGCUCCAAAACCGCCUCGUUUAUGACGCACUUGCGGGCGCGGAUUGCGGAGCUGGAGCGGGACACGUCGCUGACAGACACGUACCUGAAUCAGCUGUCGCAGCGCACGCGCCGGCUUGAGCAAGACCUGACAUCCGCUGUUCGCACGCUGCGCGAUGACGCAAGCAGCACGCGACAUGACGUCAUGAGCCUGCAUGCAGAUGUGUUGCUGCUGCGCGCGGACGUGCACCGGUUGGAGUCGCUGGUGGUUGUGGCGACGGCGCUUGCACUGUGCGCGCUGCUGUUGGUGUGCACGGUGGCAGUUGGCGGCGCUGUGGUGUACCUUCGAGUUGCCCGCCCUUCCCAUGCAAGCUCUGCUGCCCCCACAGCCGUGCGUGGCGGUGGUGGUGGCGCGACGACCGUGUCGACUGCCGCCUAUGGUGAUGGCCACUGCAACAACGGCGGCCAAAGCGAUGCCAACCUCAACGGUGGUGGUGAUCGUCAUCGUGCUCUUGGUCGUGGUGGUGCUGUGGGUGUGGCUGAUGUGGGUGUGGCUGCUACAACCCCUCCUUCUUUGCGAAAGCGCAAGGUGCACAGCAACGGCAGCACUGGUCUUCGCAUCCACACACCUCCGCGCCCGAGACACGCAAAGAGGACCUGACAAGGAUGACGAUGAUGAUGAUGCUGCUGGUGAUGCUGCUGCGCGGAACGUUACGACUGUGUGUGUGUGUGUGUGUGUGUGUGUGUGUGUGUGUGUGUGUGU